AUGGGCUGCGGCCGUACGUGUGCUGAAAUAUCAACUCAACCUGCUAAUAUGCUCGAUAUGCCUAUGGAGGGUCGCCGUUGGCCGGGCGAGGAGAGAUCUCCAAUCCGCUACCCGGUGGAGUGGCGCGCUAGUGGCUACUAUGGGUUCCCUCCGCGGCCCGGGUACAAUUACAUCCCCUAUGCUGCCCAGUCCACGUCGUGUAUUUACCCUCCGGAGAUGGUAUCGGUAUACUCUGGAGCCGCGGUGGCUUUGCGGCAACACCAGGUUCCGUCUAAGCGUCCCUUGAACUCGAUCUUCGUGGACGGUCAGAACGGCAAACGCGUUUGUAUGGUCUCGAACGGCAGAAUAGACAUAUCGGACAAGGCUCUUAGACGUGUUGUAAAAGCGGGUGGCGAGGGUCCCCAGCCGUCCGACGCCGUGACAUGUUCUUGCGGUGUUGGCGGGCUUUGUUCCCGGAUGCCAAUGUCCAGGUCUGGUAUGGUGGGCAUGAAUAUGCCGUCAAUCGCUCACAUCCGCCACCCGGCAACGGCCCGAUUCAUGGAUAAUUCCAUGUCCUAUCCUCACAUGAAGACGGUGAGCACUUGCAGGGUGCCGACAUCGUCCUCUGAUUGCGCUCCCGGCGGAGGCCGCCUCCUGCCUUUUGAGUGGCCGAAUAAACAAAACGUCAUCGUGUACAUGAACAACGACCAGGAAGUUGUUGACGUCCACGGCUGGCGUUACGUGGAUACUUUGGGUGAGGGGUCCUACGGGAAGGUUUACUUCGUGCGCAAUGAGUUUACUGGCGAGGAGUCAGCUUUCAAGCGGAUGUUACUCCACAAGACGGGCGGCAUUUCCCCUGCCAUAAUGCGCGAGAUCCACUCGUUGAAGAUCCUCAACCACGAGAAUGUGAUAAAGCUCAACAAAGUGUACAUCGGCGACUGCCGCGUGUACCUCAGUUUCCCACGCAUCGCCGGCGGCAACCUUCGGCAGUUCUUGGAAAAGCACUAUCCGCAGGGCAUGCCGCUUGAAGAUGUGAAGGGUAUCGCAAAACAACUUAUCGACGCCGUCGCACAUAUUCACUCCAAGCGCAUAAUUCAUCGGGACAUAAAGCCGGAAAACAUCCUCGUUGAGACAUCUUCAGACCAUUUAAAAGGAGAUCAGGCUGCCUCGACGUAUGACAGACAAGCAAAUUCAUCCGUAGGAUCGUUUCACGUCUCGCAGGCCGAAUCUGGUGGCUCGCCCACCGUUCGUGAUUCAGGCCGCAAACCAAAGAUCCAGAAAGUGAUGAUAACCGAUUUUGGGCUUUCACGAACACACAAAUCUGUGGACCUUCCGCUGUUUUACAGCGAUGACACCAAGAUGAUGAACAGUCCCAUGUCCCCUGAGGUGGUGACGCUUUGCUACCGGCCACCUGAGUUGCUGCUUGGCGACUUCCAUUACUCCUUCUCCGUCGACAUGUGGUCCUUGGGCUGCGUGAUAUUCGAGCUGAUAACGGGCAAGCCCAUUUUCGAGGAGCGCACGGAAUUCGCCCUCCUUAUAGCCAUGUUCAAGAGGUUCGGCACCCCCAACGAGGCAGACUGGCCAAAUGUUGCCAACCUGCCCUUCAUGAACGCCGCGUUGCCGAAACUGAAGACCAACACGUCACUCGCUGAGUGCGAGGGCAAGGCGGACGCCAGCUGCAUGGACCUCCUUGAGCGCAUGCUAGCGCUUAGUCCCAAGAAGCGCAUCUCCGCUCAAGAAGCACUUCUCCAUCCGUGGUUCGCAAGUAGCUGA